GACACUUUCAGUCUAUCACUAGACAAAUACAAAAACUAACUCAGAAAAUAUCGCCUAAUCCCACUCUCCACCAAAACCGCACGAUUCAACAUCCAACGGCUUAAAAUCCUCCUUUACCGUUGAAAAUCACAACCUUUUUUUAAAAACCUCAAAAAUAUAAAAAAACAAAAUCAAAAUCAAAAUCAAAAUCAAAAUCACUCUCUUUCUCUUUCUCUCUCCCUCUCGCUCUGUAACUCGGAGCCUUCAACAAUGGCGUCCAUGGCUCUGAGUCUAACUUCAUCUCCUACCUACUCUCUCUCCUUCAGAUCUCUCCCUUCUCUCAAACCUCUCUCCAAAUCUCAACCCUCCAUUUCCCUCCCUUCUCUCAGAUCCAACGCUUCAAAAUCUCCAUCUCUCUCACACAAACACUUCCUCUCUCCUCCUUCUCUUCUCCUCCCUCACAAACUCAAACCCAUUUCAGCUUCAAACCCACCUCCACCUCCAGCUCCAGUCCCCUCCCCAGCUCCAGUUUCAGCUCCAGCUCAAGUUCAGCCAUGGCAGGGAGCUUCAAUCAAACCUCUACUCGCAUCAAUCUUAACAGGUGUCAUAAUCUGGUUCAUCCCUACACCAGAGGGAGUCUCCAGAAACGCAUGGCAACUCCUCGCAAUCUUCCUCUCCACCAUUGUUGGAAUCAUCACUCAACCUUUACCUUUGGGUGCCGUUGCAUUGAUGGGGUUAGGCGCUUCAGUUUUGACAAAAACCCUAACAUUCUCCGCCGCGUUUUCCGCUUUCGGUGACCCAAUUCCAUGGUUGAUCGCUCUCGCCUUCUUCUUCGCUCGUGGGUUCAUCAAAACUGGACUCGGGAAUCGAAUUGCGUACCAAUUUGUGAAACUAUUUGGGAGUUCUUCAUUAGGGUUAGGUUACAGUCUUGUUUUUAGUGAAGCUCUUUUAGCCCCUGCAAUUCCUUCUGUUUCUGCAAGAGCAGGCGGGAUUUUUCUUCCAUUGGUGAAAUCCCUGUGUAUUGCUUGUGGUAGCAAUGUGGGUGAUGGAACUGAGAGGAAAUUGGGGGCUUGGUUGAUGCUUACAUGUUUCCAAACUUCUGUGAUUUCUAGCUCUAUGUUUUUAACUGCUAUGGCUGCUAAUCCUUUGAGUGCAACUUUGACAUUCAAUACUAUUGGUAAGGCAAUUGGGUGGAUGGAUUGGGCUAAAGCUGCUUUUGUUCCUGGGUUGGUUUCUUUGAUUGUUGUUCCUUUACUGUUGUAUGUGGUUUACCCUCCUGAGAUUAAGUCUAGUCCUGAUGCUCCUCGCCUUGCCAAAGAGAAGUUGGACAAGAUGGGUCCUAUGACAAAGAAUGAGAGCAUUAUGGCUGUCACUUUGCUUCUCACGGUGGGAUUGUGGGUUUUCGGAGGAAAGUUGGGCGUUGAUGCAGUCACUGCGGCAAUUCUUGGAUUAUCCGUGCUCCUCAUAACUGGUGUUGUCACCUGGAAAGAGUGCUUAGCCGAGUCAGUUGCAUGGGAUACCCUCACAUGGUUUGCUGCACUCAUUGCCAUGGCUGGUUAUCUCAACAAGUACGGUCUCAUUACCUGGUUCAGUGAAAAUGUGGUUAAGGUUGUUGGUGGUUUAGGUCUUUCAUGGCAGAUGUCAUUCGGCGUUCUAGUUCUUCUUUACUUCUACUCUCACUACUUCUUUGCUAGUGGAGCUGCACAUAUUGGUGCCAUGUUCACAGCCUUCCUUUCAGUUGCAAGUGCACUAGGGACUCCACCAUUCUUGGCAGCCAUUGUUCUUUCAUUCCUCUCCAAUCUUAUGGGUGGACUCACCCACUACGGUAUUGGUUCAGCCCCCGUUUUCUACGGUGCUAACUAUGUUCCCCUACCACAAUGGUGGGGUUACGGUUUCCUCAUCUCAAUAGUUAACUUGAUAAUCUGGCUCGGAGUUGGGGGACUUUGGUGGAAAGCUAUUGGAUUGUGGUGAUCAGGUUGGUGCUCGUUCGUAGAAUUUGUUGACCCUGCAAUUUAGUACUUCUCGCGAAUACUUGCCUAUUAUAUACAAGCUCUUCCUAGAGGUAGCCCUCUGCAUUUUUGUUUUUUAGAAAAUUUAAUCCCCCUUUGUCUCUGCGAAAUGAAACAGAUCAUGAAAUAUAAAGAGCAAAAUAGUUCAAAUUUGUUUUACUGUCA